GUCAGCUCAGUUGUGUUUGUGUCUCGGUUACGUGCGGUUGGUUGUUUCGUGUCGUCGUCGUUUUUGGCUCGCCGUCGUGCGCGUAUGGUUUUUUUGUUGGGUUCUUUCACACCGGAAUUUUUAAUAUUCUUGUGCAGUCUACAACUUCACCACGCGUAAAGUUUAUUCUGAUUUCAAUAGUGUGCACUGUUUUAAGAGCAAGGAACGUUUUCGUCGUCGUUUAUCGAAAUAAUAGUGACAUUUUAGUUUUAUCAAACCAAAGUGACAGGAUUGGAGGAAAUUGUUUUGGCAAAAGUAGUGUGCAAGGGUAGAGGACCCAUUGUCAUCACACCAAAAACAGAUAUCGUUCGUUUCCCGUUCAGAAACACCUUGAUCUGUUAAAUUCAGCGUCUGUUGCCGCGAGAGGAAGGAAUUUUACUUCUCGCUUCUUUUUGGAGUUUUGUGCGUUCGUGUUUGCAAAGUAGGGAACCAAAGGAACGGAGAAAAAAUAUUCCCAAACAAAGUGCGAUGGACUCCAGCCACAGAUGACCAUGUGUGGAUAUUGAUGGCCGAAUGUUGUUUAGCUAUUCGGUUGGUUGAGUUCAGAUUCCGUCAGAACCAUAGAUAGAUAACGGUUCUCUGGCAUUGGAUGGCCGAUUCAGUUGAUAGUGUGAGUUUAAGUUUAACACCCCUCGCCGGUCUAUUGUUUACCUUGCGUGUGACGUUGACAACAGAAGGUAAACAACCAACAGUUGGAUUAAAGCUGACGAGGGGCUUUCGAAUGGCGAAUUAACGUUUUUAGAACAGUGAAGACCGUUUUUACUAAUAAUCUUUGGAAAUCUAAGUGAGAGUUUAUCCAAUCAUUAAAAUGAAUGUGCCAGGAUUUGAACAAAGCUUCUAAGGCAUGUGUUAAAUUUACAAAGCAAUCUCAUAACGAGAAUGCUCGUUCGACUAAAAAAGGUUUCGCAAAAUGUUAUGUGGCAGCUCUCUGAAGAAGUGAUGGGGAAGUGUUAGUACAAUUUGAUGCCCACCGUCGAGAAGAGAGAACGAAAACGGAAAACGCAAAGAUAUAUCUGGUGGAAAGUCCCCGGCUGUUGAAGGCUGCUGGCGGCAAUUACCCGUUCGCUGAGGAAGAAUAAGUCGAUCCCAGGCGCAAGUGGCACGGGAAACAAGACGGCGAAGUCUGGGAUUGGAAUUAGCAGUGGUUGAAUGCAAUAAAAGAUCGCUGAUUUCGUCACUUUCCACCGGUUUCGGCCAGCACCAACCAACCAAUCUACGGCAACAACGAUUGAACAGCUGCAAUCAUCGUUCGGGCUCCGAAAUGAUCACGACCGUGAAGUGAAAUUCACGGCCAAUCGGAGGAGUAAACGUUGCAGUUAUGUGGUUGAUAGUGGUGUAGAAUAUUUGAGUAGGUAAAUUUGUGAAAUUCAAAAGUGCAAUUAGAACCAGGGUAAACUGUGAACCCGAGAGUCCUGAUGGUGUUUAUCGACGAUGACACAAUCGGAGGAUUCGAGAAAGGAUGGUCCAUCGACAGGUGGAUUCCAACCGGCGACGCCUCUGACAGCACAGCAAUCGCAGCCGCAUCUGCAGGUUCCAGGGCAGCAGCCUGGCCUGCCAACAGCCUCAGACACCAGUCGAACCUACGUAUUCCCCGGUCCGAGUGUUUCGGGUGCCGGUAGUGCCUUACCAGUAGGAAGUACAGCAAAUGCAAGUCGAUCGCUCUUUGAAAACCCCCGUAGCGGAGGUCACUCCCGAUCGAUUAGUCAUGGGGAAGGUUCCUUUGGAAUGGUCGGUGGAGCAGCGGGGAGGCCUUCGGCUCUCAAAUCCGCUGUCAAAGGAGGUCAUCAACGGGCACUUUCCCAUGGACAGAUCACCGAUGCGCCUGUCCCUCGAUCUGGCCAUAGUCGAGUUGGAUCCAAAACAGAUUUCAUUCUACCGCCGGGUCACAAGGAACCCCCGGAGACUCGAGACACGGGAACAGCUUCCACGACGGCUAAAGGCCAUUCCCGGCAAGCUUCCCGGUCCGAGUCCAUCUAUACCCUCCGAAGAGCCGAUCGUCCUCCCUGGUGGAAGAGGUUGAUGUUCUGUCGGAGCAGCAAGUUUGAAGAUCGGGGCUACCGAUUAGUGGUCCCCAACCACACAGUGCCUCCCAAAACACCAAAAACUGACCACCCCAAUGGUCGCCUAGUGGGGAACAAAAUUCGGACUACCAAGUACACGCUUCUCUCGUUUGUGCCGAAAAACCUGCUGGAGCAGUUCCACCGGGUUGCGAACCUGUACUUUAUAUUCAUAGUGCUGCUGAACUGGUUCCCACAGAUAAAUGCCUUCGGGAAGGAGAUUGCCAUGAUCCCGGUGCUGUUCGUGCUGGGUGUGACGGCAAUUAAGGACCUGUUCGAGGACAGACAGCGACGGGCCUCCGAUAAGCGGAUUAACAACUCGACGUGCCGCGUUUACAAUGGGGAAUCGGAACGCUACAAGAAAGUCCUCUGGCAAGAUGUGCGGGUGGGCGAUCUGGUGCAUCUGUCCAACAACGAAACCGUUCCGGCGGACAUUCUGCUGCUCAAAUCGAGCGACCCGCACGGAGUUUGCUACAUCGACACUUGCGAUCUGGACGGCGAGACGAACCUCAAAAGGCGGCAGGUGAUACGAGGCUUCGCCGAGAAGCAGCACAUUUUUGCGGCCAGCAAGUUUACCAGCCGUGUCGAAGUUGAUGCCCCGUCGACGAAAAUCUACCGGUUUCAUGGAGCUGUGAUACACCCAUCGGGUGAACGGGUACCGGUGUCCACCGAAAGUCUACUGCUGAGAGAGAGCCGACUGAAGAACACGGACUACGCCGAGGGAAUCGUGGUUUACGCGGGUCAUGAAACGAAAGCGAUGCUCAACAAUAGCGGUCCAAGGUACAAGCGGUCACAAAUCGAGCAGCAGAUGAACAUCGAUGUCAUAUGGUGCGUGAUCAUCCUGAUCAUCCUGUGUGUCAUCGGUGCCAUUGGGUGCAAGAUGUGGCUUGCCUCGUUUGUAGCGGCCAGUGGGAACAACAACGAAACCUUCCGCAUCCCGUAUCUGCCCUUCGAGAUCAAUCCGGACUACGAAGGCUUGCUGGCGUUUUGGACGUUCGUCAUCAUUAUGCAGAUCAUGAUACCGCUGUCGCUGUACGUGACAAUAGAAUUGUGCAAAAUUAUGCAGGUUUAUCACAUCCACAAUUGCAUAGACCUGUACGAUUCGCAGACGAACAAGCGAACCGAGUGCCGAGCAAUGAACAUCACCGAAGAGUUGGGCCAGAUACAAUACGUGUUCUCGGAUAAGACCGGUACCUUGACGGAGAACCGUAUGAUCUUCCGGCGGUGUACCAUUGUGGGGGUGGAUUACAACCAUCCAGAAACGGAGGAAGAAAAAGAACUGACCAAAAUCGGAGGUCCCGUGCCGUACCUUCAGCCAAAUAUUAGUUUAGUAGAAAAUUUAAACCAGACCAUCGAGUCUAACCAGCUUAGCGGUAGUGCAGAGCAGAUUCAGGAGUUCUUUCUCGUACUAGCCAUUUGCAAUACGGUGGUAGUAAGCGCUACUCCACACAAGGAUCACAUGAACGCCAGUGGUGUGAUCGAACUUAACGAUAGUGAUACUAGUGUAACGCUGGUCAGACCAGUGGUAACUGAUGCAAUAGCAAACGGAACUGAUCCCGCUAGUGAUAGGUACGCGCGAUUGACCGAGUCGCGGUCGAUCACCCCUUCGCCGCCUCCGAAUGCCCCCACGUCACUGCCGUUGAAGCAAACCCAUGUGCCAUCGCUGUCGCCCAUCAGCAGUUCAGCGGAAACAUCCCCCAUGUCGGAAAGCCCUCCAAUGAAGCUUAAAGCAAUCACGCCCACGGCGCGAGUCAAAUCCCUGGUAGCCAAGCUGCCGAAAGGUCCCUUCAAAUCUAACAAUAAGAACAAGUUCAAUAUGAAUAGCGUUAAGUUCCCCAAGUCCCUCUCCCAGGGCUCAACACCAAGCGAUCGACGACCGAUCUUCGAGGCUGAAAGCCCCGACGAAUUGGCUUUGGUCAAUGCGGCCUACAGCUACGAUUGCUGCCUUAUCAACCGCAGUCCUAAUCACGUUUUAGUGAACGUCCCCGGAGAGGGAGUAGUAGAGUACGAAGUUCUUAAAAUUUUACCUUUCGACUCAAAUCGCAAAUGUAUGUCGGUGGUCGUCCGAAAGACCGGAACCCAGGAGGUCAUUCUCUACACAAAAGGUGCUGACAGCUCGAUCAUGUCUAGUCUUGCCCCGUGCGCCCCAGGGUCAGAAGAGUACCGUCUUCGAGAACAGACUCAACACCAGCUGAAUGUGUACGCACGACAGGGACUUCGCGUCUUAGUCAUGGCAAAACGGAAGCUAGAUGCCACGGACUUUUCCGAGUGGUACUCUCAGCACCAAGAGUGCGAACUGAGUAUGGAGAAUAGGGAGAAGAAGAUCAGGGAAUCUUUCGGAUUGUUGGAACACAAUCUAACGCUGUUGGGAUCGACGGGUAUUGAGGAUCGCCUUCAGGAAGGUGUCCCGGAAGCGAUAGCUUCCCUUCUGCAAUCGGGCAUUGUGAUAUGGGUACUUACGGGGGACAAAACCGAAACGGCAAUCAACGUAGCUUACUCUGCGCGGUUGUUCAAUCCCCAAAUGGACAUUCUAAGGCUAACGGCGCGGUCGCGUGACUCCGCGGAAGCUUGUAUUAAUUUCUACCUGAACGAGAUCGAGAAGCAGCUGAACGAUGUGGAUUACUCGAUUCGAAGUGAUCGCGACAAGGGACGAGCCUUGGUCGUGGACGGGAAAACGUUGACGUUCAUUCUGGAUCUGCGAUCGAACCUGACGAAGCCAUUCCUUCAGUUGACCAAGUACUGCUCGUCGGUUCUGUGCUGUCGAGCCACGCCGCUGCAGAAAGCGUUCCUCGUGAAGGUGGUGAAGGAAGAGCUCCGCAUGAGCACGCUGGCGAUUGGCGACGGAGCCAAUGAUGUGUCCAUGAUUCAGAUGGCUGACGUUGGAGUUGGAAUCUGCGGACAGGAGGGUAUGCAAGCUGUGAUGGCAUCGGAUUUCACGAUAGCGAAGUUUAGAAUUCUGGAAAAGCUGUUGCUGGUUCACGGCCACUGGAACUACGAUCGACUAGCCCGGAUGAUCAUAUAUUUCUUUUAUAAAAAUGCGGCGUUUGUGUUCCUUCUCUUCUGGUAUCAACUGUAUUGCGGUUUCUCCGGUGCCGUCAUGAUUGACGAAAUCUACCUGAUGAUCUACAACCUAAUCUUCACUGCCCUGCCGCCUCUUGCCAUCGGAGUCUACGAUAAGAAGAUAAUCGACGAUUUACUGCUCAACUAUCCGCGAUUGUAUCGGCAUGGUCGUCUUGGGAAGGGCUACAAAUCGUACACCUUUUGGAUUGUCAUGCUCGAUGCGCUGUAUCAAAGCUUGGUGAUAUUCUUCGUCGCGAAAGCCGCCUUCUGGGACUCGGACGUGGACGUGUGGGUGUUCGGGACCACCAUUACCUCGUCCUGCCUGUUCACGAUGCUGCUACAUUGUGCCAUAGAAAUUAAAUCAUGGACAAUCCUCCACGUAUUAUCAAUCGUAAUUAGUAUAGGUUCCUUCUACGUGUUUGCCUUCGCGUAUAAUACCGUAUGUGUGAGCUGCUUCGGGCUGCCUUCCAACUAUUGGGUGAUUCAUAUGAGCAUGAGUACAGUACAGUAUUAUCUGAUAACUGCCUUAACGGCAGUGCUUGCCUUGUUGCCUCGUUUCAUUUACCGCGUGGUGGAGAAUACCGUCUGGCCAGGUGAGGGCGUUCGCGUUACCCUGCAGUACAAAGAAGAGAAACGAAGAGGUGAGAAUCUGCUGGUGACCUGGUCCCGGUCCACAUCGGCCUCGUCUAUAUUCAGGUAUUUAACGACGACAACAACCACCACGACCACCACCACAAUGACCACGACCAAGACGACGUCCUCGUCGUCUGGCAAGAACAAUCCCGGCUCCAAGGGAAGCACACUGAAGGCGCGCAAGAAAUUGAACGCCGCGGUGGGCAUCCUGGAACGUAACAAUCCCCAGGAGCGGUUCGGUUACUAGCUUGCUGGAGAGUUUGCUCGAAGUUUUCAAUAUGCUAGAAGGACCAUAACGAACCGCCGAUUACUGGGCUGCGCAUAAGACUGUGACGAAAGCGUCGUCGACGAUAGGAUGUGUACAUAAUACGUAGCCAUUUUUUUCCUUUUAAGAUAAUUUCACACAAUCGCACGCGUGCGUAGUUCAAGGCUUAAUGUUUUUAAAAUUAUUUCACUUUGGAAAAAAAACAGAAAUGUCUAUGACGUAAUAUUUAUUUGAAUAGAAAACUCAAUCGCUUCAAUAAUAGCUUAUCCAAUUCUUAUCUAAACGACGGAGGGUGGAAUUAAAAUACAAUCAAAAACUACACAACCAUAUCCAAGAAAUAGGCAAGGAUUGUUGAAAAGCAAAAAGAAGAUUAGAACCAUGGAAAGCACGUCGGUGAAACAAGUUCAACCAAUGCAAAGUCACUGACUAAGUUAAAAAAGUUAAAUUUUACCUAACAGCUUCUAAAGUUUAUCGAAAUUCAGUAAGGUUUUACUGAUUUUUAAAUAAAUUAUAUCCAAGUUUGGAAACUUCACCAAAAAUAGCAUAAAAUUUGUUACUCGCCGCUUAGCAGAUAAAAUAUCCAAUUUUUUCACCAAAACGCAAAAAGUUUGGAAAUUUUAAACAGCGCGAUUUUUGGUUUAAUCAUCUUUUUUGCUUUUGUCGACCCAUGUAAGAAUCGUAAAACUAUCAAUAGAAUUAAAAGCGGCCUUAUCGUACCACCAUUCGGUCCUACACGCACGUACCGUAUUCCAAUCAAUUUAACAAAUAUCAAAACUUAUCUUGUAUAGCCUUUUGUAAAUAUAGUCAUAUAAAUGUAAAUACAUAUACGCCAAUCGUUUCGCGCUCUGUUUGGGUCCAAUCCCCCUAUCUGGUUGAAAAAAAAAAACGCCCAAAAGACAUUAGUAGUCGAAUAAACGCUUAUUCAACUGAAUUAUGAUUCAUUAAAGUAUCUAUUCAAUCGAUGGCUCUGUGGGGCUAUUAGCACAUUUGUUAAACUUGCUUGUUACUAGUAUUGCACGCCCGUGAUUUGCCUUUGCCCGUUAGCAACGGAAAAAACAGAGAAGAACUUUGCAUUUUGAAAAACAUCGUGAUACGCUUAGUAAAAAAAAAGGAAGCUUACGAGGAGACGCGCAGUAGGCGUGUAGUAUUUAGCUAACCCGUCACCCCCUCCAUGACGACGAUCCCCCAAAUUCGGAUUACUUUGAUCCAACAACAUACGGAAUGCUUUUCAAGGAGAAAAAGUGGCUGUGAAAACACGAUACUGAGACACUAAUCAAACAACACAACCGGAAGCUAGGGAUCCGGGUCCGGGAGGUGGAAGGGGAAAGCCCUCUAUCAAGGACAAUAAAAGCAUUGUUAUAGUUUACAAUUGGGAUCUUUUGAUUCCGGUCCUGUUCGUACAGUAAAUUGAUGAUUAGUGCUUUCGUCCGCCUAAGCCUACUGAAGUGCUCUAUAGGGCGACCAUAUUCCCCGUUCAGAUGGUCCUGUCCGGUAAACUAUCUUAAGACAAUUAAAUGUUAGGCAAGCGACCAAUCGUUUAGAAGCUACUGCAUUAAACCAACAAAUAAUUAUUUCAUUUUAUAUGGAACACAAACACAACUGAAGCUUGAAAAAAAAAACUAAAACAAAAAAUUGACGAUAAAAAUAUUAAAUCAAUAGAAAAAUUAUGUAUCAUACGUAGAGACGCAGCUGUACAGUAAAACAAGUGUAAUGAUAAUAACAAUCGAAAUCAAAACUGUUAUUUAAGUAUUAUAUUUUAUGCGUAUGUUGCGUAAUGCAGAAUGCGAGAUAAGUUUUAUAAAGAAACCUGAAAACUA